AUGAGCUCAGAAUCGAUCCAGGAGCACGAAAAGUCGGACGACAAGUUCCGCUCGGAGAAGGAGAUCCACGAGAUCGAGUUCGAGGCGACCGAAGUCUCGGACGGCUCUUUCAUUGACUACGUCGGUGAAAAGCUCAACUUCGUGCCCGAUGAAAACGGCAUCCACACCAAGAACAUCCGCCUGAUGGCCAACUUUGUGGCAGAGCUGUCAGACUCCGAAGCUGAAGAGAUCCUGCUCAAGUUCAUCCCCGUUCACGAGGAUGACUACAACCUUCGUCUGGAAUACAAGGAGUACCUAAAAGCCCUUGUUUCGGGAGAGAAAGACGCUCCCAAUCCAGAUACGUACUCUUUGGACCUCCGAAUCGAAGCUGCUGCCAUCAAAUACUGGUCUCCUUACAUUGAGGUCAGAGCCGUCACUGAUUGCUACGACGACAUGGAUGAGCCCUGCGAGACCAUCAGAGCGUAUGCUAUUGGUCUGGUAUGGCUCCUGGUCGGCUGCUUUGUCAAUCAGUUCUUCAUCUUCCGGUACCCUUCGAUCUCCAUCGGCUCUGACGUUCUCCAGCUGCUCACCUAUCCCUGUGGAGAGCUCCUUGCCCGUAUUCUUCCUGACUGGGGCUUCACCUGGAGAGGUACUCGAAUCUCCCUGAACCCUGGACCUUGGAGCCGAAAGGAACAAAUGUUCGCCACCUUCUUCUUGUCGGGAGGAGAUGGAGCCACCUACGUGUCUGCCUACAACCUGCCCACCCAGUUGCUACCCAUGUACUACAACCAAAAGUGGGCCACCUUUGGCUACCAAAUCAUGCUGACUCUGUCAUCGCAGUAUAUUGGAUUUGGAUUUGCAGGAAUCCUCAGACGGUUCGCUAUCUACCCUACCAAGGCCAUGUGGCCCCUGAACAUGCCCACCAUCGCCCUCAAUCGUGCACUUCUAGAUCCCGAAAGAAAGCAGAAGAUCAACGGAUGGACCAUCUCCAAGUAUUGGUGGUUUCUUGCCACUUUUGUGGUCUCCUUUAUCUACUACUGGAUCCCUGAUUACCUCUUCCAGGCGAUCUCCAAUUUCAACUGGAUGACUUGGAUUGCACCCAACAACGUCAACCUGGCACUCAUCACCGGUCAAUCUGGAAUGGGCAUCAAUCCUAUUCCUACAUUUGAUCUCAACCAGAUCGGAGUUGGCAGUGUCGUGACUCCCUGGUGGUCUAUUGUCAACAGUCUGAUCGGUCUUGUUAUCGGUACUUUUGCCGUCAUCGGUGUCUACUACUCCAACGUCCGAUGGACUGCCUACCUGCCCAUGAACAUGCCUGGUAUCUACAACAACAAAGGAGGCAGCUACAAGGUGACAAAGAUUCUUACCAACGGAGUUUUUGACUUGGAAAAGUACCACGAAUACGGACCUCCGCUGUGGAGUGCAGGAAACCUCGUGGCCUACGGAGCCUUCUUCUCCGUCUACACCCUUGGCUUUGUCUAUACAAUGUUGGCUUACUGGCAAGACAUGAAACAGGCGUCUAUCGACUUCUACAACGGAAUUGCCUUCUGGAAUGGAACUAAACGUACUGAGGUCGACUCACCUUUUGCCAAGCAGCUCAAAAAGUACGCCGAUGUGCCUGAUUGGUGGUUCUUCCUCAUUCUGCUCAUCUCCAUCGGAUUCUGUAUCGGAACAGUCAAGGGAUGGGAAACCACCACUCCUGUCUGGGGUAUUUUCUUUGUCCUUGGUAUCAACCUCGUCUUCCUGAUCCCCAUCUGUCUUCUGCAGGCAUACACAGGGAACGGAUUUGCUCUCAACGUGCUGGUCGAAAUCAUCUGUGGAUACGCUCUCAACGGUCGUCCCACGGCCCUAAACAUUCUCAAGGCUUACGGAGUCAACGUUGACUCUACGUCUCAGGGAUUCGUAUCUGUAUGGAAGACCGGUAUGUAUACUUAUGUUCCCUCUCGAGCUAUUUUUCGAUCCCAGGUCUUGUCAACUCUGAUCAGUGCCUUUGUCACCGUCGGUAUUCUCCAGUAUCAGCUUACUCUCCAGGAUAUUUGCACUCCUGCCCAGAGAGCUACCACCAAGUUCACCUGUCCUGGUCAGAACACCUUCUACGCCGCCUCCGUGCUUUUUGGAGCCAUUGGAACCAAGCGUUUCUUUGGUACUGGAGGAAACACGGGCCUAUACCCCUUCCUCAAGUGGUGUUUCCUCCUUGGAGCUGUUGUGGGUCUUGUCUUCUUUGUUGUCCAGUACACCAUUCCUCACUACAUUGGAAAACGGUUCCCAGAGCGAAAACAAGCCAUGAUCCGACUUUCAGAGCGUCUUGGAAAGUACAACCCCGUGGUCAUCAACAUGGGUCUCAUUGGAUUUGCUCCUGGAAACCUCUCAUAUUCCAUUGGAGGCGUCUACCUUGCAGCCGCUUGGACUUUGUACAUCAAGAAGCCGGUUCCCUGA